AUGAUGAAAUAUCAAGCAAUCUUAACAGAACAAGACUAUGUAAGUUUAAAAACCACUAACCUGUUAAAUCCAGCAGCUUUUCUAGGAACCGACUUAGAGGAAGGAACUCUUGAACAUAACUGCAUAGAAGUCAUCGAGCAUACAUAUGCAACCAUAACGGACUUAAAAGAUGUACCUCUUGAACAACUGGACUGGGAACUUUUCACAGAUGGAAAUAGCUUUGUGGAGAACAGGACACGGUAUGCAGAAUAUGCUGUGACAGCACACCAAAAGGUAAUUGAAGCAAAAGCAUUGCCUCCUGGGGUGUCAGCUCAACGGGUAGAGCUGAUAGCUCGUACAAGAGCUUUGGAACUGAGUGGUGCCAAAAAGGUAAAUGUAUGGACUGAUUCAAAGUAUGCGUUUGGCGUAGUACAUAUACAUGGAGCAUUAUGGAAGGAACAAGGACUGUUAUCUUUACAAGGAACUAAUAUAAAAUAUCAAGAGGAAAUUUUGAAACUGAUAAUUGCUGUACAAAAACCCAAACAGGUAGCCAUUAAGCAUUGUAAAGCACACCAAGGAGGAACUUCAGAGAUAUCUGAAGGAAAUACACUGGCAGAUCGGAUAGCUCAACAAGUUGCCCAGAACGUAUGGAGCAUGAUGGCCCUGAUACCUCAUAAGGGGAUAGCCCGGACCAGUGCAUGGACUCAUCAAAUAAUAGGAGCAGUGACAAGAGAAUAUCCAAAGUAUCCAACACCCACGCCUACCUAUCGAGACACAGAAACUUAA